AUGGCUUCGCAUCGAGGAAUUGUCAAGGCCUCGGCCGCAGUGCCGGGAAUUUACCAAUUAAUCCUUACCAUCGAGCCCAUUUUAGCGCUGCUCGGCGCCGUCAUGGUCUUUCACGCACCGAACCAGUAUCUCGCAGGAGUGACGCGCAACGCGAUGCCGUACGCGCCCAACAUGCAAUUCCUCUACACACAAGUGGGCGGCGGGUGGCUCUUUUUUGCCUUCAUCGAGGGCGUGGUCCUGCGGCUCUUCGACGAUCUGAAUUUAUGGCGCGUCGUCUGUGCGGGAAUGCUCCUGAGCGACGCCGCUUAUGUUCAAAGCACUGCACAGGCCGUCGGCGGAUGGGAGAUAUGGUUGGACAGGUCUACGUGGACGGUGGAGGACUACGUUGUCUUUUGGACGACGGCUCCAAUGCUAGUCGUGAGAUGCCUGCUCGUUCUUGGGAUAGGGAUUAGGAUGCCGAAGGAAGGCGGUGCCAAGCAGGGCGAGAAACAAGAGGAGUAA